AUGUACGGAAUUCCUCUUCCACCAUCUCUCAAAAAGUCCUUGGAGGACACCAAAGUUGAGUAUCAUCAACUGGGAAAGUCUGGCUUGCGAGUCUCCUACCCGAUACUGGGUGCGUUGUCUUUCGGACCCCCGCAGCCUGCGGCACCAUGGCUUCUGGAUGAAGAGGCCUCGCUCGACAUCUUGAAAGCCGCCUAUGAUCGCGGCAUCAACACUUGGGAUACUUCAAACGUGUACUCAAAUGGAGCAAGUGAAGAGAUCCUUGGGAAAGCAAUUCAGAAAUUCACAAUUCUUCGGGAGAAGGUAGUGAUCAUGACCAAAUGUGCCUUCCACGUUGGCGAGGAAAUUGAUGUCAUCGGCGCCGCCUUUGCGGAUGAAAUGAACCAGAGCAAAGACUAUGCCAAUCAAGGAGGCUUGACUCGGAGCGCCAUCUUCCAAGCUGUCGAUGCCUCCUUGGCCCGUCUGGGAACAACAUACAUCGACCUGCUUCAAAUCCAACGCUAUGACCCCCUCACUCCACCCGAAGAAACAAUGAAAGCACUGCAUGACCUCGUGCAGUCAGGCAAGGUCCGCUACCUUGGUGCAAGUUCCAUGUGGGCCACGCAAUUCGCCCAGCUGCAGUUCCUCGCCGAGAGAAACGGGUGGACCAAAUUCAUCAGUAUGCAGAAUUACUACAACCUCUUGUACCGCGAGGAAGAGCGCGAGAUGAAUCGAUACUGCAAUGAGACUGGAGUUGGACUUAUCCCUUGGUCGCCCUUAUUCGCGGGAAGACUCGCUCGUCCGGUUGGGGAUGAGAGCUCGUUGCGAUCUAAGCGGCCCUCGUACCACCAUCCUGGCUUGACUGAUGCCGACAAAUCGAUCAUCAAACGUGUUCAGGAGGUGGCUGAGAAGAGGAACUGGAAUAUGAGCCAUGUUGCUUUGACCUGGCUCAGGAGCAAAGGUACUAUCCCGAUUGUGGGCUGUACUUCUAUUGAAAAGAUCGACGAUGUGUGUGAGUUGAAAGGAAAAACUCUGACAGAUGAAGAGGUGAAAUAUCUGGAGGGGCUUUAUGAGGCAAGGCCAGUAGCUGGUCAUUUCUAA